UCUGUUUCCAUCGCAGCUCUCCAAGAAAUCUGAAGACCAGUUACCUCUGGCCUGCCUGUCUCAGUAAGACACAAGGAAGUAAAGAGCUUUGAAAACCACAGCAUGGUUUCAAUCCCGACAUGUGACUAACUGUGAAACGGUUCCUCACACCUCGCACUUCACUGAGACUCUAGAUCCUUCUCAUCAUCAUCAUUACAUACUGAGACUUCAAGAAGGUGUGUCUGUGAUCAUGCAGUAAGCCAGAGAGCUGCAUAGUCUUUCUGAUUCAGGCUCUGUACAGACCAACACCAAUUCUGAAGAGCUCUGGACUGACCAUCGCAGAGACCUGCUCCAUCCGACACUGGGACAGGCUCUCUUCAGACAUCAGAAUGGUGAAGAUGCUAUUGUUUUGGCUGUUGAUUUUGAACACUUUUGAAGGGUCCAGAUCCAGUCUGUCCCGGAUCGCAGGGGGUCAGGAUGCGAAGGAAGGAGAGUGGCCCUGGAUGGUUUAUUUCAAGAUCCUUCCUUUCAAAGGGAAGCCUUUGGAUGUCGUUGACUGUGGAGGCUCUCUGAUCGACAAGAACUGGGUUCUCACUGCAGCCCACUGCUUUGAUGAAUCCCUUAAAUGGUGGAAAUCCAAGGUGAUCCUUGGAGCGUACCAGCUGGACAGCAGCCGCGAUAACCGGCAGACGCGCUCCAUGAAGAAGGUCAUCAUUCAUGAGCAAUACUCCAGUCCUGCAAAGGGCUCUGACAUCGCCCUGGUGGAGCUGGACAGCCCAGUGUCCAGCAAUGCAUACAUUAGACCCAUCACUCUGGCCGGUGAAGCCCAGGCCUUCAACGAGACAUCAGAGUGCUGGGCUACGGGCUGGGGUGAUGUAGGGACCAACGAGGCUCUGAAACAUCCGCGCACACUGCAGGAAGUCCAGCUCCCCAUCAUAGACAACAAGAGCUGUCAGAAGAUGCAGAGAGGCCUCCAGAUUAGGAAAGAGAUGAUGUGCGCUGGUCUCAAAAGAGGAGGGAAGGACACCUGCCAGGGUGACUCUGGAGGACCGCUGGUCUGUAAAGAGAGAAACAGCUGGGUCCAGGUUGGGAUUGUGAGCUUCGGGUAUGGAAAGGGCUGUGCUCGCAGUAAGCACCCUGGGAUCUACACCCGGGUAUCCAGCUACAGAACCUGGAUAAAGAACAUUCUGACGUCUGAGACCUGAGGACAGCGUCCCCUGCCAGCCCUCUCACUCACAGUAGCCUCAGUGUCUUCCGCAUCUGUUUGACUCAUCCGUUUAUAUCUCUCACAUUUACACGAAGACCUUGACUGAGGAGUCCUGCACUCUUACUGAGUCUCAUUUGUCUCCUCUCUCUGGUGAGACUCUGCUCUUGGCUUUGCUCUGUCUGCUAUUUUUAUUGCAGAGUGACUUGGUUGCCUCCUCUCUUUCAUUGGUUGUGUUAUGAUUGUGUAAUAAAACAAUAAAGCUCAAAGCA